AUGAUCACUCUCAUCCUGAUCGGCUGUCCAGGAAGCUACAUAGCAUCAUUGACACCAUCCAAAAGAAACAUGCAAGAAAAACAACAAGACUUGUGCCCCUUAUCAGACUCACCUUUUAGUCCAAUUAAUUUAAUCCCAUCAUUCACCCUAAAUGUGGUGGCGUCACCAUGUACCACCCUACCAAUAAUAACACUAUCUCAACCAACAACACAUAACCCUUCUCUGGAAAACUCACAAGCCGAUAGAGGGUCAAUCAGACAACCACCUAUCGAGGCAAGGAAGACUAGGAAAACAAAAUUUAUCAUGGUAGAAACAACAAGCAACUCCAACACAAGGUAA